AAUACUUCACACACAACACAUAACACACGUAGUACUUGCUUCCUAUCAUUUCUAGAAACUUCUCUUUAAAACCUCUGCCUCAACCAGAAAGUUUCUUCUUGUUAAAAAAAAAGAUUAUAAACAUGACGAAGUUUGUACGCAAGUAUAUGUUUUGCCUCGUCCUAGUCUUCGCCGCGUGUUCUUUGGUCGUUAACUCCAUUCGCACGCCGCCACUAAAAAACACGGUCAAUGGCGGAGAAAAGAAAAACGCCGAUAUAGAACAAGCUCAAACGCACCACAAGAAGGAAAUAAGCAAAAACGGAGGGGUAGAAAUGGAAAUGUACCCAACAGGAUCAAGCUUACCGGAUUGUUCAUACGCGUGUGGCGCAUGUUCGCCGUGUAAACGUGUGAUGAUUAGUUUCGAAUGCUCAGUCGCCGAAUCAUGUAGCGUCAUCUACAGAUGCACGUGCAGAGGGAGAUACUAUCACGUGCCAUCUAGAGCUUGAAUUGAAUCUCCGCCGUUUAUUUUUUUUUGACGUCUGUGAUUAAAAUAUCAGUUUUGGCUGGCGGCGAAACUUUUUUUCUAUUGUACAAUUUGUUGGGAUAUUAAAUUAAAUGCUAUUGGCCCACUUUGAAGUCUUAUAAUUAAUAUUGGGCUUUAUUAGGCCUUUUCAAAGAGAGUUUGUAUGACACGACCGAAUCAGAUUCUUGAACCGGUACAUCACAAAGUCAAAUGCUUCGGUUGGCCAAUUAUUUAUUGUUUCCUUUUAAAAGCCAUCUCCAUCAUACCGGUAACCGGUUAAACCAAAAAAAUCAUUUAUGUAACAAUGUGUAAAGUAUAAACUUUUU